AUGGAACAGCAGAAUGACCCGUCCUUGUUCAGGCAGGCCAUGGCUGAAGAGGAGGCGGCCGAGGUGCCGCCUGAGCCUGUGCCUCCUCUCACGGAAGCUUUCUUGCAACAGAACUGGAGAACUUUCCCUGUGCAGCAAGCCCCUGAGGAAGAGGAGCUGGAAGCUCGUGCUAUAGUCUUUGGAGAGAUCUUCAAGGAUUUUCCAGCAUUGGAGGUCAAGCAGAAGUCCAUGGCAGAACGGAAAGAGAAGGAGGCGCCACCCCCUCGCGAGGAAGGCGAGGAUGCGCCGGAGGUGGUCGAGGCCCCUGAACCCAACAUCGCCCUUGCCUAUAGCGAGCUGAACUUCUCCGUCGUUGCUUUCGCUAAGCACAGUGCGCAGGAGAAGUGCGGGCCGCUUUUCCCGAACCGAGGCGUCUUCUUGGAUUUGGGCAGUGGCGCCGGCAAGAAUUGCUUAGCGGCAGCGCUGCUCCAUCCCUUCCAGAAGAUCAUUGGCGUCGAGACACUGCAGAGCCUCAACGACAUUGAGGCUGCAGCACAGGCGAAGUUUGCGGAGGUGGAGCUUCCAGAGGGCAUGACGAAGCCGGAGCUAAGCUUCCAGAAGGGCAGCAACCCCAGAGCACUUGUCUCGAUGCUCUUGGCAUUGGCAUCCCACGUCGUGUCCAAAGACCUCGAUACUGUACAUGGAUGUACCCAAGGUGACUUCGUAGCAGAGUUCGACUCAGUCUUGGAGACCAUUGCCCCGGAGGUGACUUUUGCCGUGGUGGUUGCCACAACCUUCGGAGACCCAGAAAUGCAAGCGGUGGCUAAACUGGCACAGAAAAUGCCAGAAGGCGCCUCCCUCAUCACAGUGACUCAAAAGCUGGAGGACUCGCUUGUUGUUGACGUGAACCGCGAGCCCCGGAAGCGCCGGGCCUUGGCUACGCGCAAAGCGCUGGCCCAGCGCGGCGUGGAGCCCAAAGGCAUUGAGAUUGAGCUCGAAGCUGCCGAAAAUGAUCCGAAUGGUUGGAGGUUGAAGCACUCGGACUCAUUGGAGCUGGAGUGGGGCACCACCUCUUGCUAUCUGUACAAGAAGUACACCUACCCUUUCUGCGAUGCGGGGGACAUUUGCAUGGCCACACCACUUCCAGAAGCACAGGACCAAACUGUCGCACCAGCUUACUUCGUCGGACCGACAACAGUGAGGUAUAUGGAUGACAUGACGGAGGCGGAGGUGGAGGUUGGCAAGCUCUCGCCCUUCUGCGAGGAGAGCAGAAAGAAGGCAGUGAAGCUGUACCUUCAGAAGCUUGAGGCGGAGAAAGCCAAGGCUGCUCAGGGCGACGAGCUUGUGGCCCAGGCGUUGGCAAUGCUAAGGGAAGAGAAGGAGACCUUCGCAGACGGCAAGGUGCCCUACAAGCUAGAAGAGGCAGUGGGGAUGUCUGCGUAUGGCCUGCCGGAAGAUGAGAAGGUCAACACCUUCGUGGGCGAGCAGUGGGUCGCAGCCUGUGAGGAACUCGAUCCUGAAGCAACAGGCACAAUCGCCGAAGACCAGCUUGUGCUAGCGUGGCAGAAGGUGCCCUGGCUAGUGAAAGCAAUACAGGUUUUGGGUCUAGGGUUUAGGGUUUAG